UCGAUUUGCGAUGAUUUCACAUCGCAAGUCAGUUUCCAUUCGACAUUCGUUACGUGCGGCACACUUAAUCCCGUCGUCAAAUUUUGUAUUCGCAACGAUGUUUGAUUCUUUUCGUAUACGGAGAUCAACUCUUCGGUGGCCACAUCUGAUAUGCUGUGCUCUUCAAGCAAUUCUCUUAAUAUCGCAUUAUCCAAGUCAUGUUUGAUUGCCAAGAACAUCAACGUCAACACCGCAUAUUCACCGUUUUGCUUUGUGUUAACAAACUUUCUCCACUUUGUACCCUUAUUUUUUCUACAGCGAAAUGACACUGUAAUAAAAGCGGAGACAGCAUUGAUUUAUGAUGCGGUGCAUCUUUUUUCGAAAGCACUGCAUGAUCUAGACACGAGCCAACAAAUUGAUAUCCAACCACUUUCAUGCGAUGGGCAAGAUACUUGGCCACAUGGAUACAGUUUAAUCAACUACAUGAAAAUCGUGGAAAUGAAAGGCCAAACGAAUGUAAUUAAGUUCGAUAAUCAAUUGAGCCCGAGUGGAAUACGGAAAAUUGGUGACUGGAAUUCAACUCAAGGGGUUAACUUCACAAGAUCGUUCAAGGAACAAGUACAAGAUAUGGUGGAAAACUUGAAGAAUAAAACACUGGUUGUUACGGCACUUUUGAGCGACCCCUAUGUGAUGAGGAAUGAUUCUGCGGCUAAGCUGACUGGCAAUAAUCAAUUCGAAGGCUAUGCCAAUGAUUUGAUACGUGAGAUAUCGAUGAUACGCGGUUUCAAUUUCACAUUCCGCUUAGUACCAAAUGGACGAUACGGUAGUUUGAAUAAGCUAACCAGUGAAUGGGAUGGAAUGGUUCGAGAGUUACUGGAACAGCGAGCAGAUUUGGCUAUUGAAGAUUUGACCAUUACAUACGAACGAGAACACGUUGUUGACUUUACAAUGCCGUUUAUGAAUUUGGGCAUUUCCGUACUUUGCCGAAAACCAGUUAAACAACCACCGAAUUUGUUCUCAUUUUUGUCACCACUUUCUUUGGAUGUUUGGAUUUAUAUGGCAACAGCUUAUUUGGGUGUUUCGGUGUUGCUGUUCAUUCUAGCUCGAUUUACGCCUUACGAAUGGUCUAACACUCAACAUCCAGACACGGCUGAGACUCAAUUCACACCGAUGAAUUGUAUGUGGUUUGCCAUCGGCUCACUUAUGCAGCAAGGAUGCGACUUUUUACCAAAAGCGGUUUCAACACGAAUGGUGGCUGGAAUGUGGUGGUUCUUCACAUUGAUUAUGCUAUCCUCAUACACGGCCAAUUUGGCUACCUUUCUCACGGUUUUUGCUAUGUUCAUUUUUUAG